UGGGGACAGAAUACAAUCGACCUUGCGCAUUCUAACCAUCUUCUGAGCUGAAAACCACGUCAACGUUUCGGCCAUCGACAUUAAAAGCAGUACCGCAGUACCUGCAUCCACUUACUGUACAUUGCACUCCAACCCAGCAACUUCUUUCCCUGCUGUUAGCACCAAUCAGUUAGCAACAUCCACAUUUACAUUUAAUUAAAGUGAAUCACAUCGCCAAGGUCAUCCACACCACAGCUGCACUAACUGGGUUACUGUGACAACAACUUUUAUCAAGUACCAUAUAACAUCAAGCUCUCGCUGCAUUCGUACUAAUCGUUCACGAUGGCACCGACUCUCUACAUGAUCCACCCCAGCCCUCCGGUACGGACAGUACUGAUGACGGCCAAGGCCAUCGACUUGACCCUCAACGAAAAGGAAAUCGACUUCUUCGGGGAAGAGUACCUGACACCGGAAUACCUAAAGAUGAAUCCUCAGCACACUGUUCCAACUCUGGACGACGACGGCUUCACCAUCUGGGACAGCCACGCCAUAAGCACCUACCUGGUGUCCAAAUACGCCAAAGACGACUCACUCUACCCCAAGGAUUUGCAAAAACGGGCCGUAGUGGAUCAAAGGUUGCACUUUGAGUCCGGGAUCAUCUUCUCCCGGCUAUUACGAAUAACCAGACCCAUUCUCUUCCACGGCAGGCCAACCAUAUUCCCGGAGGAUAGAGACAACAUGAUCGACGGUUAUGCUCAGUUUGAGGCCAUCCUGGAAGGGAAGACCUUCGCAGCUGGUGACUAUGUCUCAGUGGCCGAUUACAGCCUCCUUUCUUCCAUUGGGAGCAUCGCGACUUUGGUGCCCAUCGACCCCGAGAAGUUCCCUAGAGUGACGGCGUGGCUCCAGAGAGUCCAGGCUCGUCCCGAAUGUGCCGUCAACAAGCGAGGACAAGACGAGUUCGCUGUUCUGUUCAAGAGCAAAUUAUCAAAAGAGUGAUGUAGUGUUCUCUAAUAAAGAGCAUCUUGUUUUA